AUGGAUACUUGCACCUCUUGUAAUCGUAUACUUCCUCCUGAAGCGUUUAUAUAUGAAAAUAAAUCAUAUAAGACAUGUGCUGAAUGCAAAACUAAUAGAGCCGAAAAGAAAAAAUCCAAAAAAACAACUGAUAUUGAUACUGAAGAAGCCCCUAUUGAAAUAAUUGCAAUUGAUGAAAUUAAUAAUUAUAUUUUUGAUAUGAUUAAUGGAUUGGAAAAUGAUACUGCUCUAUUUUCUACUUUUUAUGUUAAACUUGAUAAAGCAACUCUUAAUGCUAUUUUUUUUUCUU